CAUGCAACGCACGAAAUGCGACGGGCAUCGCAAACAUCGAAAGUUAUUGCGCUGCGCGUGCUCCUCGUCUAUAUACUCUUUCGACAGACGAUAAAUGAGCGCGUGCACCCUGACGAUGUUGACCAGGGUCUAUCAUCGUUCGCGGUUUUCUUCGCGGUGGUGCUUGGAACGGCAGUAUCGAAGCCGCUAUGGUCGACUUUAGUCGGCACCAAUUAUCUGUACCCGACGCCCGGAAUCGGCGCACAGCCGCAAUAUCUCGCCGCGUAUCAAAACGCGCACUCUCCCUAUUACGUUUACAAUGUUUACUCGAACGCGGGAGGUGUACCGAGCACCCUUCACGUUAGCGGCAAACCAGAAAUUUCUCACAACCCCGUUUACAGCUUCUACUACGGGACGCCGAUUUACGAUAUCCGGAUCCCGUUAAAUCCGGUUUAUCCCGUGCUGACGCCGUCGCAUCCAGGAAUCCCUCCGGCGCUCCCGCCGACGUCGACGGAACAAUCUUUCGACGAAGCCGAUUACGACGGCAUCGAGAAGUUAGAUACGAAAUUCGAGUCGGACACGGAGAUAAAAAAACCAGAAGACAACGAACAGGACGAUUCCAUAACCGUCGAAGCAAUAUGAGAUAAUUGUCGUUUCGUGCAAUGCAGCGUACAAACGUGGAAAGUUAAUUAUAGUACGAUAAAAGUUCGCUUCUUUAGUGCCACUUCUGUAUUUAUGUUACGUUACAUUAUAUGCGAGACGCGUUAAACUCCGGGGGGAAAAAAGGCAGCGACCCAUUUUGCGGCCCACAAUUGCUAAUCGAAUUACUUGGAUUGUCCGUAACUCUACUCUGGAAAAAGUUUUGACCGUUCUUUUGUAGUUAAGCAACUUAACAUUUCGGUUAG